AAAACUUAUAAUUUAGACCAAUAUCUUGCUUUACAGAAGUUAUAUUAUUAUCUUAAAGAUUUUUAUCAAAAUAUUAAGGAAAUAUGGGAUGCUUUCAAGAAAGCUGGCUAUACCUUUCUAUUUAUUGAU